AUGACCUCUGAAGCCUUUAAGCUGAAGGGCCUCUCUGAGCAAGUCCGCAAUGACUUUAUUAGAGACGCUGAGAUCAGACUUCAGGAGCGUCUAGCUAGAGAAGCUAGGGAGCGGGCACGCAAAGAAGCUGAAGAGAAAGCCAAGCAAGAAGAACUACAAAGGAUCAAGGAAGCUGAGGCCAAAGCUCUGGCUGAUACUGUUGCUGUUGAAGCUGAAGCACAAGCAAAAGCUGCCGCUGAAAAAGCAGUUCGUCUGGCUGAAGAGUCUGCCACUAGGGUAGAACAGGAUGCUCUAACUCAGGGGGAGUCCUCCACUUUUGUCCCUCGGGUUCUAAAGACUCUUGAAGAACUUCAGAAAGAACAGCACGAAGUCCGAGCCAAAUUGGAUCAACAGGACUCAGGGGAGAACUAA